AAAACAUACUGGAGUAGUGAAAUCAAAUUUGUAAUCGAAUGUCGUACCAACGAAUUUAUUAUAGAGUUCAGAAUUAUGCUGAGUAAAUUUGCACCAAUUUGUCGAGUUAGAGUAAACGGUGGGCGAAACGUUUUGAAAGAAUCAAGAGUAAGUUUGUUCUCAAAAGGCAAGCAAUUAACGACUGAUGAAUAUAAAUUAGCAUUGGAUGGAAAUAUAAAUGACUAUAACUCUUUCUAUAUUGAACAACAAACCACCAUGCAAUUUACAUUUCUUUGGCCAAGAAUUAUGAAACAAUUAUUGUUAUAUACCUGUGAAAAUUGCACAGAGUUGAAUACAUUUCAAGUUGAAUUUUACAACUUUGAAAAUGUAAUAAUAUUUACUAAAGUUAUUGAUAGUUUCUCCCCUCUACACACAAUCAACAUUGAUUACAAUGGAUAUAUUUCCAAAAUUGUUUUAAAUUCAGCAACAGACCUAUUUUUAUUAGAAAUUCAAGCAUUUGGAGAUUGUAUGAAAAGGAGAUACGGUGUAGACUGUGAUCUAAUUUGUAGCAUAACAUGCUACGACCAGGAUUGUCGGUUCAACGGUGUUUGCAAAAAAUGUGUUCAGGAGAGAACAGGGGAUUUCUGUAUGGACUCUAUUCCACAUUUUUCAACAAACCACACGGGCGAUGGGUAUCACGACGAUCCCUCUCCAACUCCACAGAGACAGAGAAUGCACUCUUUAAAUCUGGGAGAAGUUAUCAUAAUCUCUGUUCUGGUUCUUGCUGUCAUAAUAACUGUCUUUCUAUCGUGUUAUACAGACAGAUACUGUCUUAAAAAUAAAAAUAUAGGUCAGUCUACAUACAUUGAUGAAUAAAUACAUACAAAUUCAAGUAUUAUACGUAAC